AUGAAUGCAACCGGGGCAGGAUAUCCGCUGGCCUCCUUAUACGUAGGGGACCUACAUCCAGAUGUUACAGAAGCAAUGCUGUACGAAAAGUUUUCACCAGCAGGCCCAAUAAUGUCCAUCAGAGUUUGUCGGGACAUUUCCACUCGUCGAUCCCUUGGCUAUGCUUAUAUCAAUUUCCAGCAGCCUGCUGAUGCUGAACGGGCUUUAGAUACUAUGAAUUUUGAGGUCAUUAAAGGUAAACCAAUCCGUAUUAUGUGGUCUCAGAGAGAUCCUGGCCUUCGGAAAUCUGGAGUGGGAAAUGUUUUCAUCAAAAACCUUGAUGACUCAAUCGAUAACAAAGCAUUGUAUGACACAUUCUCAGCAUUUGGGAACAUUUUGUCUUGUAAAGUUGUUUGUGAUGAGAAUGGAUCGAGAGGUUAUGGCUUUGUUCAUUUUGAGACCCAAGAGGCUGCCAACAGAGCAAUACAGACCAUGAAUGGCAUGCUACUUAAUGACAGAAAAGUAUUUGUUGGUCAUUUUAAGUCAAGAAAAGAAAGAGAAAUGGAAUAUGGUGCAAAAGUGAUGGAGUUCACCAACGUAUACAUCAAAAAUUUUGGAGAAGACAUGGACGAUGAAAGGCUGAAGCAGAUCUUUUCUGCUUUUGGAAGCACGUUAAGUGUAAAAGUAAUGAUGGAUGAUAAUGGCCGGUCUCGUGGAUUUGGAUUUGUCAACUUUGGAAAUCACGAGGAAGCACAGAAAGCAGUUGCUGAAAUGAAUGGCAAAGAUAUAAACGGGCGCAUGGUUUACGUAGGAAGAGCUCAGAAGCGGAUAGAACGUCAGACUGAACUCAAACGCAGGUUUGAGCAGAUCAAGCAAGAGCGGAUUAGUAGAUAUCAGGGAGUGAACUUGUAUGUAAAGAACCUGGAUGAUGGUAUUGAUGAUGAAAGACUCCGAAAAGAGUUUUCUCCAUAUGGCACCAUUACCAGUGCAAAGGUGAUGACGGAGGGAGGACACAGCAAGGGCUUUGGGUUUGUCUGUUUUUCUUCUCCAGAAGAGGCAACUAAGGCCGUAACUGAAAUGAAUGGACGAAUUGUAAGCACAAAGCCUCUGUAUGUAGCACUGGCUCAACGGAAAGAGGAGAGGAAAGCGAUUCUCACCAAUCAGUAUAUGCAGAGGCUAGCAACGAUGAGAGCAUUGCCCGGUCCCAUGCUCGGCCAAUUCCAACAGCCUACAAGCUACUUCCUUCCUGCUAUGCCCCAGCCAGCGGCCCGAGCAUUUUAUAAUCCAGGUCCUGUAGCACCUGUACGACCAACAGCUCACUGGUCAACGCAGCAGUCCAGGCCUCCUCAGUACCAUCCAUCUACACCAAUACUGCGAGCCGUUCCCCCCAGACGUAUUGCCUCCAACAUCAGUACAAUGAAACAGGCUUCCACGCAGGUGCCCAGGGUUCCUUCUCAAAGUCAAAGAGUAGCAAAUAUUGGUACCCAGACAGCUGGCGCCCGGGCCCAGGUGAACCCAUCAGUUAUGCGCACAAUGCAUCAGUACAAGUAUUCCAACUCUGUAAGAAAUGCACAAACAGUGGGAGGCAGUGCACACCUCCAACAGGUAGAACCUGGCCAAAUGCUAGAAGAGCCACUAACAGCAUCCGUGCUCGCAGCUGCCCCACCACAAGAACAAAAGCAAAUGCUUGGUGAACGACUUUAUCCCUUGAUACACGGCAUGCAUGCAGGACUUGCCGGAAAGAUCACAGGCAUGUUAUUGGAAAUAGACAAUUCUGAGCUACUACACAUGCUGGAAUCUCCAGAAUCACUUCAUUCAAAGGUUGAAGAAGCUGUUGCUGUCCUGCAAGCACACCAUGCCAAGGAAGGCACCCUUAAAACCUGCACCCAGGUUCUUAUGUGA